UCAAAAUUUAAACUUGCUAUCUCGUGUCAAUUGUUGUGGAAAAAAUGGUGGAAUACUAAAGUGUUUAAUUACCUCGUUAAUUAAUGAAUUUAUUUAAUUGGAUUUGAAUUUUCCACAGUUUGGUUGUUUAUAAAUAAAAAGUGAGGCGGGAAAGAGAAAUGAAAUCCGCACGCUCAAAACCGCCAAGUUCCACUCGAAAACAAGCAGGUCGUCAUCGAAACAAUUUACAAACCGGCGAUCCUGUUCAAGUAUUUUGUCGUUUGCGACCAAUUCAAUCGUCCAAUGAAUUAUCAUACAUGAAAGUCAUUUCCAACAAGACAAUAGCAAUUUAUCCUCCGGAAUCAUCGACAAAUGCCCGUUCAACGGGCAAAGAAUUCUUAACGACGUUCACUCAUGUCUUUCCACAGGAGACUUCGCAGAAAGAAGUUUUUCACAUUGUCGCCUUGCCUUUGAUUGAAAAUUUAUUUCAAGGAAAAAAUAGUUUAUUGUUUACUUACGGAAUAACUGGAAGUGGGAAAACAUUCACAAUGACGGGCAAUGAUCGCGAGGGUGGAAUAAUGCCGAGAACAUUGGACGUGAUAUUCAACAGUGUGGCUAAUUAUCAGGCGAAGAAGUUUAUUUUUAAACCGGAUAAAUUAAAUGGUUUUGAUGUUCAGGGCGAGAAGGAAGCAUCACAGGAUCGACAUAAUGAAUAUCAAACUCGACAUCCAAUUCCUACGCCUAGAAAUGGAAAAAUAAAAAUGCGAAAAGUUGAUAGCGACAGUGAGAGUAAUCCGACGAUUCCUCGUACUUGCGAGGAGUCUGAGAUUUUGCGAAUUGAUCCAGACGCUGCUUACGCUGUUUUUGUCACUUACAUCGAGAUUUAUAACAAGAGUGUUUAUGAUUUAUUGGAAAACAACGAUAUUCGUGGAACGAAUCUACAGAGUAAAAUUAUACGCGAGGACGGUAAUAAAAAUAUGUACGUUCAUGCUGUGACUGAAGUUGAAGUGAAGAGUACAGAAGAAGCUUUCGAAGUUUUUCAAAAAGGACAACGAAGACGACGAAUUGCUCACACGGCUCUUAAUGCCGAAUCCAGUAGAUCUCACAGUGUCUUCUCGAUACGUCUUGUUCAAGCACCUCUUGAUUGUAACGGUGAAAAAAUAAUGACCGAUAAGGACGUGAUUGGUAUCAGUCAAUUGUCAUUGGUCGAUUUAGCCGGAAGUGAGAGAAUGAGCCGCACAAAAAAUACUGGUCAAAGAUUACGAGAAGCAGCUAGCAUUAACAAUUCCCUUAUGACUUUAAGAUCUUGCAUUGAGAUAUUGAGGGAAAAUCAGUUACAAGGCACUAACAAAAUAGUACCUUAUCGUGAUUCAAAACUGACGCAUCUAUUUAAAAAUUUCUUCGAGGGUGAAGGACAAGUUCGAAUGAUUGUCUGCGUCAAUCCACGGAAAGAUGACUACGACGAAACAAUCCAAGUAAUGAAGUUUGCUGAAAUGACUCAAGAAGUAAAAGUCACGAAAUCCACCGUGAAAUUAUUGGAUCCGUGUUUCACGCCAGGAAGACGUUUUGCGAAUGAGUUAUUGAAAGAUACUCAAAACGGAUUAAAUGUAAAUAAAGAAAGUGCGAUGAAUUCGAAUAACGAUCUGGGUGUUAUUUACGGUCUUGGAGGUUCAUUUCCCGAUUUGGAAAUUACUAAUCCUGAAAACGAAGGAUUAAUUAUGAAUUUAAUCUACUUUCUUGAGCAAAGAAUUAAUAAACGCAAUUUCCUUCGAGCUGAUUUGGAACAAAAAACGAGUGACUUUAGAAAAUUUCUCAUAAAAAUAGAGGAAGAAAAUGCGAGUUUAAAAGUAGAAAAUGCUUCUAUAAAAGCCUAUCAUAAUCAACAAGUGCAAAAGGUUUCAGCUCUAGAAUGUCAUAUAGAAAAAGCAGAAGGCCAGAUAGAUAAUCUCCUUCGAAAGAUAGAUAGUGCAAACAAUACGAUUAGAAAUCUCCAGCAAACAUUACAAGACAAGGAUGUUGCUCUCAAUCAAACAAUAAUCGAAACGCAGAGAGUGAAGCAAAAGUACAGCAACAAAUUGCAAAAAGAAACGGAAAAGAUUAAUCGACAAUCGGAAAUGAAAAUUCGAGAGGAAUACGGACAACUUCAAAGUCAACUUAAAGAAAAAGAGGAGAAGAUAAAAUCAGCGAGACAAAUAUUGACUGAAAAAAAUGAUUUUACUUCAGUUUCAAGUGAUACAAAAUGUUCACUGCCAAUUUCACUUCCUGCUUUUAAUCCGUACGAAGCUGGUGAUAAUUUAUCGGUGAAGUCCCCCGAAAGCGCAAUCAUCAAAUCAAGAAGGGAUAAAAUUGCAGUUGCAAAUUCGAGAUAUCGUCGAUCUCAAAGCGCCGACAAGUGGAUAGAUCAUCGGCCCGGUCCUUUGGUACCUGUCGAAACGGUUCUUCAACCUUUGAUGCGCAGAAAACGUAGUGUCACCGAAUUACUGAGUCCACAAAAAAUUACCGACGGCGCUUCCAGGUAUUGUCUCAUUUCCCAGGAACAAGAUUCAGUGGGUGAUUUGGAAACAAAACUCUACAAGGGCGACAUUGUUCCAACGAGUGGCGGAGGCGCUCAAGUUAUUUUCAACGACGUCGAAUAUUUAAAACAAGGUUCACCAAACGAAAGAAAGAGAAGUGGUCCUUCAACGAGAAGCAUUUAUCCAGAAUCAAAUUCAGAGCAAUGCUUUAGCGGCGAGAGUACUUCUAAAAAAUCCCGUACGUAAGUUUCAAAAGACUGCUUUCAUAGUUUAACAGUUUUUCUAUAUUAUAAGUAUUAUUAUCCAAUAUGUGGAUAUUAAUAGAAAGUUUAUAUUAAUAUAUUUUUCGUUACCUCAUGAAGACUGUUAACUAAAUGUUCUUACGAAUUUUGAUAUCUUACAUAAGUUUUAUAUUCUCAUUAACUAAAUGAGAUCGUUAUUAAAAAAAAAGUUUAUAACAAAAACCGUUUUAUAAUUAAAAACGAAAGAAUAAAAUUCAACUUUUAUAUA